CUGACGCGCGCCUGCGCCCUGGCGUCUCUCUCGCUCCUCCGAUUCAGGUUUGACCUACAGCCGCCCGGGGAGAAGAUGGCGGCGCCCACCAUGUCCGGCCUGUCUCUGCAGGUGCGAUGCUUCGGUACCUCUGUGGCCAGGCCGUUCGCCAAGCUCAUGAGGCCUCCAGUCCAGGUGUACGGGGUGGAAGGUCGCUACGCCACCGCUCUCUAUUCUGCUGCGUCUAAACAGAACAAGCUGGAACAAGUCGAAAAGGAGCUGUUGCGAGUAGCACAAAUCUUGAAGGAGCCCAAAAUUGCCUCUUUGAUUCUGAAUCCCUACGUGAAGCGCGUCACUAAAAUGAAAAGCCUGAGUGACUUAACGGCCAAAGAGAGGUUUUCUCCCCUGACCGCCAACCUGAUAAAUCUGCUGGCUGAAAAUGGCCGUUUGAACAAUACUCCCUCCAUUGUCUCUGCCUUCUCCACCAUGAUGAGUGUCCACCGCGGGGAAGUACCUUGCACAGUGACCACUGCAUCUGCUUUAGAUGAAGCCACUCUUACAGAACUAAAAACAGUCCUGAAGAGCUUCCUAAGUAAAAACCAAGUGUUGAAAUUGGAAGUGAAGACUGAUCCAUCAAUCAUGGGUGGGAUGGUUGUCCGCAUUGGGGAGAAGUACGUCGACAUGUCUGCAAAAACCAAGAUUCAGAAGCUGAGCAAGGUCAUGCGGGAAGUUGCCUGAAAGGGUCGGUUUUCGGUCUAUGAAAAUUCUAAACUUGGAACAACAAUAAAAUGCUUCCUGAACAGAA